GUUAAAUUACGUGGGCCGAUUGGUAUUGAGGCCUAGAAAAACAAGUUUUGAGUGAUCAAAGUUCUUCGGAUUUCGGACAUGUUCGCGACUCGGUGGCAGUCUGGAAGCGUGCAUUUACUUUGAUUCGUCUGGAUUUUCUCUCGAAUUAAUUAGCUGAGAAAAUGGUCAGGAAAUUCUUCGUCGGUGGCAACUGGAAAUGUAACGGGACAAUAGAAGAGGUGAAAAGGAUCGUGGCCUUUUUAAAUGAGGCUGAAGUCCCACCGGAAGAUGUUGUUGAGGUUGUCGUGAGUCCACCAUUUGUGUUUCUUCCUCUGGUGAAGAGCUUACUGCGGUCUGACUUUCAGGUUGCUGCUCAGAACUGUUGGGUUCGCAAGGGUGGUGCUUUUACUGGAGAAAUUAGUGCUGAGAUGCUAGUCAAUUUGGGCAUCCCUUGGGUCAUUCUUGGUCAUUCUGAAAGAAGACUUCUUUUAAACGAGUCAAAUGAGUUUGUUGGAGACAAAGUUGCAUAUGCUCUCUCUCGAGGCUUGAAAGUUAUUGCUUGUGUUGGAGAGACUUUAGAACAACGAGAAUCAGGGUCUACAAUGGCUGUUGUUGCUGCACAAACACAAUCAAUUGCUGAUAAAGUUCUAAACUGGGAUAAUAUUGUUUUGGCUUACGAGCCAGUUUGGGCCAUUGGAACUGGGAAGGUCGCAACCCCUGCUCAGGCUCAAGAAGUUCAUUCUGAGUUGAGGAAAUGGCUUCACGACAAUGCUGGUGUUGAAGUAGCUUCCUCGACCAGAAUCAUCUAUGGAGGUUCGGUGAAUGGAACAAACUGCAGAGAGCUGGCAAAACAACUAGAUAUUGAUGGAUUCUUGGUUGGAGGAGCUUCCCUAAAGCCGGAGUUUAUCGACAUUAUCAAGUCAGUGUAGCCAAAUUAGAUAGUUGUAUAUGCCCUUUUGGCAUCUUCCUUAAAUGCUUUUGAAAAAAAAACUCGAGUUCUAAUUUUGUACUUGCGCUUUGCUCUUUGUACUGGAUAUACUAUUUCCCAUUUUCCCUGUUAAAUGUAGACCUCGUUCAUUUCACCAA